UUGUGUCACUUCUCAAGAAAAUUUCCCAGUGAAAAGACGGGUAGUGCCGAAGAAAACUCUACACAAUAGGUCUUAAAAUUAGGAAGCAUUCCAAUCAUUCACGACCUUUAACUACUGUUACAUGAAUUAAUUUUGAGUGCAGUUUUGAUUGAUGAUUGAAAACGGAAAUGACGGGACAAACCCCUUACCGUGCAACACGGCUGUAGCGCCUGAGACAUUUCAGGAAAGAAAACGAAACCGGACGACAAUAAAACGUCUUCUUGAGGAAAAUAUUAACAAUGGGGUUCACCGAACAACGCCUAUUUGAGCUUGUUACUGCUUAUUUCUUGAUUGGUAAGCGCACAAAGGGACAAAGCGUUUCAAGGCUUCUACAUAUUUAAACCUACACAUCGACGCAUCGUGAGGAGUGUUGUGAAUUGAUCGAGAAACUACUGAAUCUAUUCCUAGCAGGGCUAUUUUAGAGCUGUUGACUCACUCAAAAGCACAGAUUCUUUGGACCAAGGACUGGCCCAACUUUCCUGGACUGUAAUGCUUUGCUCAAGAGAUGGUAGCCAACAAACCAUGGGUAGAAAGCACAACACAGUAUGUGCUAAUAUUAGUUGCUGCUGCCUCAGUAAUCUUCCCUUCCAUCAUGUGCCAAGUCUGUCAUUAUAAGCCAAGGAAAACUGAACCUAUCAUUGAAAUAACAGCCAGUGAAUUGCGUCUUCGCAAACCUGUCAAUGUCACUUGCAUUGCACGGGAAAAUGAGGUCUAUUCGCACAAGUAUGAUUCCAAGCCAAUUUCAAUUUACUGGUUUUAUAAUGGAAAUGAGGUCAAACAUAAAUGUUCCAUGGGUUUACCAGUUACCUCUCUGACAUGUUCUUUGGUUAUUGACUCCCUGACAUCAAAGGUGCUGGGUAACUACACUUGCAAAGCAAAUACUUUUGAUCUUCACUGCAGUGUUAAACACUAUGAAAUUGAUAUUGAUGAUGUACUACCUGCAGAGACAACUGAAGCUCCAACUUACCAGGGUAUUGUCCCUGGGCCUAAUACAACAAAAAACUGCAGUGAUUAUGGCAAAGGCCAGUGUGUGAGCAACAAGAAUUCUGCAAAUGAGACAUCACAAGGAGGAGGAACCAAUUACUCUCCAGAAACUGCUAUUUUUAGUACACCGGAACCACGCAAAUUUUUAAACGCCAGUGGAAGUUCAGAACAAAGCAUGAUCGCAGUCGUGGUACCCAGUGUCAUCUCGGCUUUGGUAAUUUUAAGCAUUGGAAGUUUUCUGUGGUUUCGUCGAGGAGCUCGACGGAGAAGGAACAAUGAAAGUCCUACUUCUGCCAAUGCAAGUGAAUAUCUUUUGGAAGUAAUACCACUGCAUGAUAGGUCCUCAUCCCAUGGCUCAACCGCGCCAUUACGUUUGCAAGAAGAAUGCAAAACUACGAACAACUCGAACCAUAUUGAGACGUCUCUAGUACCAGAUAUAGAGCCUGAAACUUUGCCUCCGAGUACCUCGGUCAAUCCUGUCGGGUAUUCAUUGUUAACGGAAAAAUGGGUUGAGAAUCCUAAUAAAAAAUGUUUCCAUGGUACAAAGUGGAGCUCAGAGCGAAACGAUUCACACAAUUUCCGUCCAGAAAGACCACCAAAACCCGCCAAAAAAGAUAGCACAGAAAAGCAGAUGAACUGUUUAUGCAUGACAAUGGCAGAAAACUUAGGAACUACGCAAGACAAUGUAACAAGUAAAGACAGUGGUUAUAAUAGCGCAGAGAGCAGAGAGAGCAUUCCCGAGAUGCCUCUGGAGAACAAGAACACCUGGCAAAUCGAAUUGGAUGAGCUAAAAAUCCUUGAUAAAGUGCUCGGAAAAGGAGAAUUUGGAAUCGUUAAAAAAGGGCUUUAUCGUGGUAAAGAGGUGGCAGUGAAACAGUCUAAAGUUACGUUCUCAAGGUGCAACAAGGACGACCUACUUAAUGAAAUAAAGAUGCUGAAGCAGGCUGGAAGACAUCCAAACAUAGUCAGUUUUAUUGGUGCCUGCACUCAAGAAGAUAAUAUUCUGCUAAUAACAGAGCUGGUAUCUGGAGGUACCCUUGAAAGUCUGUUGAGGUCUAAACCUCGUAAUGGGGGGCAAAACCAAUAUGAGAACUUAAACUGUGGGCUAACUGAGCGAGAGCUGUUGCAAGUUUCUCUUCAGGUGGCCUGUGGAAUGCAACAUUUGGAAGAAAGAAAGUACAUUCAUCGCGACCUUGCGGCGAGAAAUGUUUUCAUUGGUAAAAACAAGGUAGCAAAAGUAGGAGACUUCGGAUUAGCGAGAGACAUUUCAGAUAGAGGCAUUUACACCAAGACUUCUGAUGGCGGAGUUCCAUGGAGGUGGUCUUCUUUAGAAUCAUUAAAAUGUAGGGUUUACACCUCCAAAAGCGAUGUAUGGUCGUUUGGGAUUUUGUUGUGGGAAAUUUUUACUUAUGGUGAGGUUCCCUACCCUGAUAUACGUGCAAUAGAGACCCUCAUUACGUGGCUAUCGUCUGGUAACCGGAUGCCUUGUCCUCUAAAUUGUUCCAAUCAACGGUAUAAGUUGAUGAAGUCCUGUUGGCAAGAAAAUCCAUUAAAGAGGCCCACGUUUGCAUGUAUUGUAGAACAACUGGAAAAGAUCUUAAGCUUAGAAUACAAGAGUGAGUAUGCUAACCUUCAGAGUGAUGACUCCGGUAACCAAGAAGAAGUAUAGAAAUUCGUGACAGAGAAGACGUUGUAUUCAUACAAAACUGCAUAUAGAACAUACCCAUCAAGUUACCACCAAAUGUACGUGUUAUACAUUUACCGUGUGGAGAGAUACACACAAGAGGAAACAUUAAAACCUUUAGAGAAAAUAAAAAGUAUAUAAAUAAUUUUCACCAAAUUAUUUUAUUUAAUUUAAGUCUGUUAAAAUAACUUCUCUGAAAUUUCUUUCGCUAAAAAACGUUUUAAAGUCUUACAUAUGUAAAACUAUAGUUGUAAAAAUUACGUUAUAGACAGAGAGUUGGAAAUUUAGGCUAAAACUAUUAUAACAAUAGAGAGAAAAUUCAAGACUGUAAACUGAUUCAAAAUUGGAUAGGUAAAAUCAGAGAAAUCGGAAUAUUUUUUAUCUUUUAUUUCUCCUGUUAAUAAACUUUUCACUUUUCUUUGGUGCA